AUGGCGGCCGAGAAGAGCCUGGGUGAGACGUUCACCCACAUCGUUGCCGAAUCACCCUCUCCGAGUGAGACCGACGUCGUGCUCGAAGAAGGGGACGAGGCUUUCGAGAAAAGGGUUCUGCGCAAGGUCGACCUCUGGCUCGUUGGCUUCUACUCGUUGGUCUACAUUUUCCGAGUCAUUGACUCGUCCAACUACUCUAAUGCUGCCAUUAUCAAUCUCGAACAUGGCACCGGCAUCAAGAAGCAACUCCACCUCAACCCAAACCAAUGGGCGUGGACCCUCUCCAUCUUCUCCUACAGCUACAUGAUCUUCGAACCGACCAACACCGUCCUCCUCAAGGUGUUCCGCCCUCGCAUCUGGAUGUUUGUGCUGAUCUUAAGCUGGGGCAUCUGCGCCUGCUCCGUGGCUGCGGUGGAAAACUUUCCAGGCAUGAUGUGUGCCCGUUUCGCCAUUGGCAUGGCCGAGGCGGGAUUCUAUCCUGCUGUACUCUACCACAUGGACUUCUGGUACCGACCCACCGAGCUGCCAUGGCGCAUCGCCUUCUUCUAUGCUGUGGGCCAACUGUCCAGCGCAUUGAGCGGCCUGUUGGCUUACGCCAUCAGCUUCAUGGACGGCCUUGGGGGCCUCCCGGGAUGGCGAUGGCUAUUUCUGUUGGAAGGUCUCCCCGCAAUAAUCCUCUCCUUCGUUGCUCUCUUCGGAUUGCCGGACUAUCCCCAAACAGCACGUAUGUUGAACGAGAAAGAGCGCCGAUUCAUCGAGCAGCGUCUGGCUGCCACAGCGCCGUCAGGCAAACACCACAACUGGGACUGGGGCUCUCUCAAGCAGCUCUUUGCAGACCCUACUGUCUACACCUUUGGGAUGUACUGGAUUGCACAUGGUAUAGGGGGCUUCGGUGUCUCGUAUGCCCUGCCAACUGUCAUCUAUCAGCUCGGCUUUACUGGCACUGCGAACUCGCAACUGAUGAAUAUUCCACCCUAUGUUUGCUGCUUCUUCUUCCUCAACACCGCCGGCUACCUCAUUCAUCGGAAGUGGAUUCGGCCAUGGACAUGCGCCGUCGCAAUCGAAAGCACCACAAUCGUGUGCUACAUCAUCCUGGUCACAGUGCACAGCGCGACGGUCAAGUACAUUGCGCUGAUCGUGGCCGUCUCGUGCGCCGGCUCUGCGUAUCCGGUGAUCUGGCCGGAGCGAAUCCGGGCGCUCGAAGGCACCGUCGCCGCGGGCAUCGGGAUCGGGUUGACCAACGCCUGUGCGCAGUGGAGUGGCAUCGUCGGGCCGCACGUGUACUCGACGGUCUUUGGGCCGACUUACCACAAGUCUUACUUGAUCUGCCUGUGCAUCCUCAUCGUGUCCAUCUCAGCGGUGCUCACGUCCUGGUUCAUCAUUGCCCGGAGGGACAGAAGGAGGGCGGAAUUGAGAGCUCUCGAGGACAUCGCCGUUCCACACGGGACUUGA